CAUCAUGGGAAGUUAACUCUAAUAUCAAAAAUAGUCACAGGAAUAUUCGUCAUAAUAAUAAGUUAAAAUAUGACAUUAUAGAUAUAAAAUGGCAUCCGAUUUACCAACAGAGUUUGAUUUUGUAGUUUUAGGCACAGGUCUGCCAGAAUCCAUCCUCGCUGCAGCCUUUUCUAGAAUUGGUUAUAAAGUGCUUCAUUUGGACAGAAAUGAUCAUUACAGCGAUCAAUGGGCUUCAUUCAAUCUUCGAGCUCUUGAAAGAUUUGCAGAGAAAAAAGAAAGGAAAACUGAAGAAGAAAAAGAUUAUGGUGAUAAGAUAGAAGAAUCUGAAACUUUGGUUCGUAUUCCCACAGCUGAUUCAUUGGUAGAAAAUAUUAGAAUAAAAUAUUACAUUCCAGAACACCUAGAAUGUAUGAUGUUAGUAGAGGAUAUGAACAAAUUGUUUGCUCCAAAAGAAGAUGAUAAAAACACAGAGACAGCUAUUAGUGAUGAUACUGGUAAUAAAAUAGCAAAACCUGAUGAAACACAAAAAACGGGUGAAACAGAUGAUUGUCAAGUAGGAAUAAGUGAUAGUCAAGAAUCGACUAAAUCGGUUGAUACACCAAACACCAUAACUGGUGAUAAUACACAAAACACAACAACACAAGACAGUGUUCACAACCCCGAAACAAUAGAUAAUACACAAUGUACAGAUAAUGCAACAACAACAGAUAAUGCAGGGACAAAUGAUACACCAGAAACACAAACAAAUGAUACACAAAACUCAACAACUGAUGGUUCAGUGACUGAUGAAAAAACAACAAAAAAUGACCAGCCUUUACCAAAAAAGAAGAAAAUCUGGACAAAAGGAGAACUACAGGAUAGUUGGAGAGCUUUUAAUAUAGAUCUGGCUCCAAAGUUAUUGUACAGUUCGGGUAAAAUGGUAGAAUUAUUGAUAUCAUCUGAUGUAGCUAAAUAUUGUGAAUUUAGAACAGUUUGUCGAGUCUUAACACAGCAUAAUCAGUUUAUUGAAAAGAUACCGUGUUCUAGAGCAGAUGUAUUUAGUAGUAAAGAUGUAUCAAUGUUAGAUAAAAGGAAAUUGAUGAAGUUUUUAGAAUGGUGUGCUGGUUAUCAUAAAAACCCAGAAGAAUAUGAAGAAUAUAAAAAUCAAACAUUUCUUGAGGUACUCAAAUCCCGAAAACUUUCAGAAAAGUUACAAAAUAUUAUUUCUAAUGCUAUUGCCAUGGUAACUAAAGAUGCUUCAACGGAAGAGGGGCUAAAAAAGACACAAGUAUUUUUACAGUCAGUAGGCCGUUAUGGAAACACACCAUUUUUAUUUCCUUUAUAUGGAUCUGGAGAAUUACCGCAGGCUUUCUGCAGAUUAUGUGCUGUAUUUGGUGGAAUAUAUUGUUUACAGAUGACAGCUGAUGCUUUAAUAAUAAACAAAGAUAAUAAAUGUGAAGCUAUAAUUACAAGUGAAGGACAGAGAAUAAGCUGCAAGUGGUUGAUCAUGGGUUCAUCAUAUUCACCUAAACAAUAUAUUACAACAGAUAAUCAAAGACAGCUUUCAAGAUGUAUUCUAUUUACAGAUAAAAGUCUUUUACAUUCCGAAUCUCAGGAGUUAUCGUUGCUAUGGGUACCUCCAAGUGAUCAUAAUAAACAUCCCAUCACCGUAUUAGAAUUACCUCAGUCAGCUAUGGUAUGUCCUAAAGAUUUAUAUAUGGUUCAUCUAACAAUGGAGGGAUCAGGUGAUCCAGAAACAGAUUUCUCUCCCUUUGUUAGUCAGUAUUUAUCAACAGAUGGACAAACACAAAAUGAUGAACCAAGUGAGAAGCCUAGUAUACUGUGGUCAGGAUAUUUUAGUCAACCAGUUUAUACAGUAAAUGAGAAGACAACUGAUGUACCUAGUAAUAUAUUUAUAUUAGAUGGUCCCAGUUCGGAUAUUCAUAUGGAUGACCCAGUAUCACAGGCCAAAGAGAUAUUUAAACAUAUUUGUCCAGAUGAGGACUUUUUACCCAAACCACCUCAUCCAGACGACAUUAUUUAUGUAGAUGAAACAGAGGCUACAGCUGGGGAGGGGGAAUCAUGGGUAGGUGAAAAAGAAGAGGGAAAAGAUGACCAAAAGAAUGGUACUAGUCAGAAAGUAGAGCAGACAGAAACAGAAAGUGAAGAGAAAAAAGAAACUUCCCAGAAUAACCUUCAGGAAACAACAGACGACUCCAACUUGUCAAGUGAUCAAAAUAAUGUUACUGCCAACAAACAAGAAUUAUAAAAUACAUCUUUGUGCUUAACUCUUUGUCCAGCUUGAUGCCCUUACUUAUUAAGACAAAUUUUAACCAAGCAUUGAAUAUUCUGUGUCCGUCACUGCAGUUGUACGUUCCUUAGAAAUAUAUAUAUUUGUUCUUUAUUUACACCUGAGAACAGAUAGAACAUUGCUUGGUUUAUUACUGUAAUACUUUAAAAUUUGAAAAUUGAAAUUAAUAUUUGUCGACUGGUUCAACAAUAUAAAUAUGUUUAUCUAUGUAUAUAGUCAUACUACAUGUCUUUAUUUAUAGGGUUAAAAUAUGAUAUAAUUACACCCUGUCUAAAUCAUGUAUAAGAGAAUAGGGGUGAUUGAAUGGUAUAAUGUAUGUGCUUUAGAUCAUAUGGUCUGUCAUUGAGUCAAGAGAAGCAUGGUUUCUAUUCCCUAUCCCACACUUAUACAUGACAAGUAGUAGGGUCGCCCGUAACUCUGUGGGUUUUUUCCAGGUCCUGGGUUUACUCCCAAUGCAAAAGACCCCUACAUGCAAGCAAAUUAUUGAAAAACAAUGAUGGACAGGAUUGGAAAUAAUGAUUUUAGUUGAACCUGGCCAAAUGUUACCUGAAUUAUAUUUUAAAGGUAUUAAUAAAAAGACAGGUACCUUAUUUCCAGGUUUUAUUUUAGAAGACCUUGAAGAAGACAUUAUAUAAUGAUAACAACUUAGUUUAUUAAAAUGUUGUUCCAAUUUAUAAACUAUGAGAAAUAAUAUUGAUGACUAGAUCAAUAAAUUGACAUAAUGAUAAUUUACUUCCAGUAGAACUGGAUAGCAAUGUAUAAUAAUGACCUAUUUGUUAUCUUAAAAUAUAAUCCAUACUUUUUAACAUGUCACCUUUGUUAUUCAAACAAUUUUUUAAAAUGUGUAAUAAAUUAUGAAAUGCAAAACAUAGUGAUAAUAUAUGUAUGUGAUAAAACUGUAUUGAUGUACAAAUACACUGGGAGUAGAAAUUCUGAUUCAAAUUGAAAUGUCUCCUUUAUCCUCCAUUUUCGGGGUCUUGAAUUAGUUGUUUUAAAACCCAUUCUCAAGAACAUGUUUAAUAGACAUUAUGACAAAAUUGGCAUUGUUAGAAUAUAACUGAACACUGAAUGAUGUGAACCUAAUGAUUUGUGCAAUGUACAUAAAUGUAUUGGUUUUUAAUAUAUUAAAUGUGGAAGAAUUGAA